GUAACGCACAACAACCCUUCGGAAGUAAACAUCAAAUUCUAUUGCCGUCAUCUCACACUAUCUCGACUCUCUUGAUUCGUCAUUUACACGAGACCCAUCUACACGCCGCACCCCAGCUGUUACUCAACGUUCUUCGCCAACGAUACUGGGUUACCGGGGCCAGAAGUCUGGCCAAGAAGAUAAUCCAAAACUGCAUCUCCUGUGUGAAAUCUCGUCCGAAGCUUGUACAGCAGUUUAUGGCCGAACUCCCAAAGGAAAGGGUCACAGCAACACGACCUUUUAGUAUAACCGGUAUCGAUUAUUGGGGCCCAAUUCAACUUAAACCGAACCAUCGUCGUGCAGCGCCUUGCAAAGGAUAUGUCGCAGUUUUUGUUUGUUUCACGACGAAGGCUGUGCAUCUUGAGUUAGUAGGAGAUCUCAGUACAUCUAAAUUCAUUCAAGCUCUUCGACGCUUCGUUGCUCGCCGUGGUCUGUGUGCCGAAAUCUUUAGCGAUAAUGGCAGGAACUUUAUUGGAGCUGCCAACGAAUUACGCAACAUAAUAGAACGCAAGCAUCAUCAGCAGCUGAUCGCCGAAGAAUGUGCCUCUAAUGGGAUCCGAUGGCAUUUCAACCCUCCCAAGGCAUCUCACUUCGGGGGUUUAUGGGAGGCAGCUAUUAAUUCCGCACAAAAACAUUUUUUUCGAGUCUUGAGCAAUCACGUACUUGCAUCUGAGGACAUGCAAACCCUGCUUGCACAAAUUGAGUGUUGUCUCAAUUCACGACCACUUGUUCCGCUUAGUGAUGAUCCGACGGAUUUCGAAUCUCUGUCUCCUGGACACUUCCUUGUUGGUUCAUCCUUGAAAGCAGUUCCAGAUAUUGAUGUCACCACCAUUCCAACAAAUCGAUUGAGGUCAUACCAGCUGAUCCAAAAACUACUUCAACAAAUUUGGCAGCGAUGGCACGUUGAGUACCUGUGCACUCUACAGUCUCGUUCUAAAUGGACAAACCCUCCUGUCAAUAUCCAAAAGGACCAGCUCGUUCUUCUGAAGGAGGAAAACAUACCGCCCUAUCAUUGGCCGACCGCAAGAAUACUGGAAAUACAUCCAGGGAAGGACGGAAUCACUCGUGUCGUCACAAUAAAAACACCAACAGGGAUCUACACACGACCGGUUUCGAAGCUCUGCAUUCUGCCGAUAUCAUCACCCGAUGUCAACAACUCAAAGCCAUCAACAAGAAAUCAACAAGCCCGCACUAACCAGCAACCUACGCAACACAUUGACGGGUAAUACUUCAAUCCUAUUUUGAGGCACGGCAUCCGAUAGUAAUUCCAACGAAGAACACCUAAAAUAAAGAAAAUACAAGGUCCUUUAAUUGAAAGGACAAGGUAAGCACCUGUCCUAUUUGAUAAGCUUUCCUGAAACCCGCUACCGGGUCUAAUGUUUUGAUUCCAGCAAUGAGAUAACCCACCAAGCAUCGAAUGACGUGUCAACGGUCAACUCGAUCAACAAUCAAAAGAAGAAGAUGUCAUCAUCGACCUGAACAUCGAUUCAUCUGCCAGAAUCCAAUCUUCGAAGGGGCCAGGAUGUUCGCAUACGCGAGAAGCGACACCUAUCCGUGAGCAUGGAUCAUCUAUUGUCAGCGGCGAUUCCCUAGUUCGUCGAAAAUCGAUUCGAGGUAAAGCACCGAGAUGCGUUCUUUGACAUCCGUCGUCCAUCAAAAGACAAUGACACAUAUAAAAGGCGCCUUUGCAGC